AUGAGUCGGGUACGAGCAUCGGUUGGGACGUCGAGGCCGUUGGAUGGCGUGGCUAGGACGCCACUUCGGAUUGAUGUGGAAAAGGAUGGCGUUGGUGGAGGUGGUGAUGGCGGCGGCAACGGCGGCGGCGGCGGCGGCGGCGGCGGCGACGGUGGUGGUGGUGGUGGUGGUGAAAUGGGACAGAAGGAGGCGCGUCAGUGUCGUGGACUGAAUGAUGGGAUCAGGUGGAUGCUGGAGAGUGGACGACUAUCGGCAAACAGCAGAGCGGCUCGUCUACUGCACAAUCAUUUGGCUGGCAAGGAGCAGCCUCCGCCACCACGCAAGUCUAUCAUCCGAGUUAAAUGGAGUGAAACUGUGGUGUGUCACAUGAGGGUGUUUGGUUGUGCAGGUGCUGUGGCAUUUGUGGUGUUGCUAACGCAUUCUUUGCCUGUGAUUGUAGUGGAGCUCUGUUCGCCGUGCACAGAAACGUCAAGCGUCAGUGAUUUGGAGCAGCAUGCCACUGGUGGUAGCAACACUCUCGGUCAGUGUGGUGCAGGGAAGUAA